AUCGGCGAUUCGUCCACACCCACAGCCCUGGGACUGGUGACGACACGUUGCCAACCCGCUUACCCACGUCCAUCCCCUGCCGUGGCCCCUGCGACGUUGGCGACCGGCGGUGAGCAGCCGUGGUCUUUCUCGCAGUUCCUACAAGACCAGACUGAUCUGCUGGGCCUCGACCAGCAAAUCUUCCGUUCCCAGAUCACGGACAGCCUGUCUAUCGACGAGAGUCACGGCCACCCUCAGCACCAGCUUGCCCAUCCUACUCCUAGCAACACCAUGACCCUCAUCUCACUUGACGGCACACGCCUGAGAGAUGGCGUCUCCAUCCGGCGGAGCGAGCAACAAGCAGCUACUGCAUUGGGCUGGAGCGGCUCGUCCCUGUCGUCCGUCGAACAUGUCGGCCAUGUACCGGCGCAUGGGCCCACCUUUGGACCUGCUAACCCACCAGUGACCAACGACAACUGGGUGGAUGACUUUCCGUACAUGGUCAAGCCAGAAGAGGCUCCUCUCGAGUACAGAGAUAUGCAUUUCCGGAUCGCUUUGGCGCCAGCAAACGAUGAUGACAAUGAUAAUGACGCGGCCGAAGACCCAGAUGCCAACCACGCAGACAAGAAGCCUAGAGGUUGUUUCGACGACGAGAAGCGAAAACAGACGGCGGACACUCGAAGACGGAAGGCAUGUGUUCGAUGCCGAACCCAGCGGAUACGGUGUGUCGAGAACCCCAAAGAUCCUCAUGGCGACUGCAUGACCUGUCUUAGUGUCGAUACAACUUCGCGGAAGACCACCCGGCCCGUUCAUUGCAUGCGCUCCAAACUUACCGAUAUCAUAUUGUACCGUCCAGCAGGCUCCUUGAAUUACACCCAGCGCUGGGACGGAUCACGAGUGACUGAUGUAAACGACUGGGAUGGCCCGUUGAUUCAACACAUCGACAUGAUGCAGGAUAUUUGCCCCGUCGGCUUCCCAAUCCGGCUGGAAGUACGCAAAUUUCACCCUCGAGAAGGCGACAGAGUCCAUCGCGAAUGGUACACAGCCAGCAAGGCAAGACGACACGAGAUUGCUCCGUACGCUCUGGCAAACCUCUCCAAAACCGUCCAAUACUUCAAGGACUACGUCUCAGAGCAUGCAGAGAAGGCCUGGCGACAGUACUGGAAGCGGAAAGGACAGGACGAUAUCAUCUCGCGGCACUAUAGCGAGGCCAUGGCGCACACCCACUCUUUGCAUCUACCUCCUCAGGAACGAGAGCUUCUCGAGAAUGUUUUCAAGCUUUGGUUCGCUACUCAAAUCACGCUUGGGUCUUCUUGGAUUUCCAGUGAGGACAAACUCGGCAUCAUGCCUGAAACGGACCCGGCAUAUCCCCAGCCUAACAAGGCCCCCACUCCCAAGAUGGUCGUUGCCCAGUUUGACAGGCUAAACCCCAUCUACGUGCUGCGGCAACUGCGUGCCAAGGUACUCAAAGGGCUGGAAAAGCUCACGCAGUCGCCUCGGCGCGAGUCGUUUUUUACGGUUUACAUGACUAUAUACAUUCUGCUCCACGUGGUCACUUUGACCUGUCAAGACCGUCACGACUACGCAAAGCGUCACAACAAUCGACUUCGCUACGAUAUGCCCCCUUUUAUCGAAAACCUGCAGCAUGGCGCCGUUCUUAUGCUCUGUCAUUGGGAUUACUACAAGGGCCGGAGCAAUGCCAAGGGCGAGGACAAGGCGCUGACCCUCGAAGAGAUUCUCGAGAAUGGAGGUGUGUCUCCGUCACAGCGAACACUGAUUCUCGACUCGGAAAGGCGUGUGACGCAGUUGAAAGCCGAGGGCAAGAUUACGACUGAGGAUUACGAGAACCCAUACUUUUGGAUCAGCCAAAUGUUCGACAAGUCUUGGUCCCCGGGUCAGGUCUGGCAGGCAAAGCAUUACUAACCAAGUGGAGCUCCUGUCGAGGUAUGAGAUGAUGAUAGACGGCGAAUAACGUGGUGUACCUGCUUUCAUGACGAUUCAUUUUCCCAUCGCAUAUGAGUCUUUUUCUGCAUUUUCUUUCUUUAUCGACAUAGCCCAGCCAUUCAUACCCUUACACCGCGUCCAUUGCGGCGAGGAUAGUUGUAAUUUAUGGUGAUUGUACUAC